AUGUUUCCCCGCCAUAUCAAUGCCGCUGCUCUUAAUACCCUGAUGUACAAGAUUCAUGUCUUAGGCAAGGAAUAUUUGCUUGGAGCAUAUGAAACCGCGUCGCGAGCGCGGAAGUCCAGUAAAGCCUCGGAAGAAGAAGUUAUCCCCUUCUCACGACAGAAAGGACAGUUUCAAUCAGAAUAUCGGUGGGAAAAGAAUGGAUUUGAAGAAAAGUUGCGAAUAUAUGCCAGCAAUAUGCGGAAGUUAAUUAUCACAGCUCGAAAUGAGAUCAAUACCUUAAAGCAGGAAAACAUUGCAUUAAAGCAAAAAUUGGAAUCAAGUGGGCUCAUCGAGUGUCCAGCUUGUUUGUUUCAUUUCCAACCAAGAAAGGAGCAUCAAGUUUUUCCAAAGUACAUCAAAGUAAUCUUUCCUUUUCGUAACCCAUCUGAGGUUUUUCGAGGACGACUUUCACUUGAGAUUGAGUUCAACACUUUGGAUCAAAUGAAUCACUGGCUGAAUGCGAAUCAUCUCGAUAUGAACUCUGACGGCCUUCCCACAGUGGUUCCCACAACCGAUAAGAAGCAGGAAGACCUGACCGCUUCUGGUAGUCUUCUGCCUCGUUUGGUUCAGGAAGAAGUAAGAGCAAAAAGAGAAAGAAUUGUAAUAAGCACACGACUCCUGGGCGGAGAUCAGAAUCAUGACAUCUCGAGAAAACAAACUCAGCAUUCUGCAAAUUGCGGGCACUACGAAUUCCCUUCCACCUCUUCACAACAUCAUGGCAGCAGCCUGGAGAUUGACAAAAAGCAGUUAUCACUUAGACGGCACAGCCCAAUAAGAAGUUCGGCAGGAAAAGGAAGUACAGAGCAUAAAACCAUAGAUAGGUCCUACCGUGUGGAAGUAAACGACCAGAUUGACAAAAAGAGCAGUGAUGAAAAACCGACUGAUAAAAGGAGCAGGGAGGAAAAGCCAAACUCACAUCGAGAGAAUACUUCGAAGGACAAGCAGGAUGAAAAAAUGCAAAAAAAUUCAAAGGGGCAUGAUAUUGACGAAAAAAAUCAUUUUGAAUUCAAAGGAGUUACUUCACAUCGACACUUUCGAAGCCCAGAAAGGACUCUCAGUCAGCCGCAUUCCGCUUCAUCUGAGAAAUCUAAUGCGAUCUUUAAAGAGACCUUGGAGAAAGAAAAUCGACUUGAAAGUGUUAGUCAUUUACAAGACAUCACAGUCGGAAGAAUAUUGGAGUCAAAAUCAACGAAGAAACCUGAAAAAUUACUGAGUGAUCCUCCAUUGGCUCAGAAAUCGGAAAGAACAGGACUUGAUGAUAGGAGCGAGAAGAAGAAAUCUGAAGCUGACCACAAACGACCAAGGAGUGAGAAAGAUGACCACUUUGCACACGGACAUUCAGUUGGUAGCGAUAAAGUCUCUGAGAAGGAAGAGUCUCGAAGGCAUGCCGACCAUAGGCAUUCUGUAGCUCUACGUAAGUUUGCACCUUUUUUCCUUUUAUGGCGUUUAACUUUUUGCUUAAGAUCGUCCACAUCAUAUUUCGCAUGAGA